UAAAGAGAGAGGAGUGCGCGGACUGCCGGUGGAUGUGCGAGUCUGUGGCCGGGCUGCGGAGGAUCAUUGCCGGUCCAGGUGUGAAUGGGAUUACGCCGGUUGCUCCGCGUCUGCUGGAGGAAACAUGCGGCUGCAGAGCUUCCCGGUCCCCUCGGUCCUCCUCCCGCUGCCGCCGCCGCUGCUACUGCUGCUGUUUGGGCUCUGCAGCGGCACAAGUUUCCCAAGUAACAUCAACAUAGGAGGCCUUUUCCCCACCGGCUCCCAUGAGUACGAGGUGUUUCGUUUCGCCCUGGCGCAAAACCAGGACAUCCCCAAGCUGGUGCCGCAGGUGGACAUGGUGGACACGGGCAGCAGCUUCGCCAUGACCUACGCCUUCUGCUCCCAGUUCUCUAAGGGUGUGUACGCCAUCAUGGGUCUGUAUGACCGGCGGACGGUCAACAUGCUGAUGUCUUUCUGCGGCUCUCUGCACGUCUGCUUUGUCACGCCGUCCUUCCCCGUGCAGACCAACAACCAGUUCGUCCUGCAGCUGCGGCCCCAGCUGCAGGAGCCCCUCAUGGCCCUGCUGGAGCACUUCUACUGGACCCGGUUCGUCUACAUGUACAGCGCCGACUCAGGUUUGGCAGUGCUGCAGAGGAUUCUGGACACGGCGGCGGAGCGGAGUUGGCAGGUCACCUCCGUUAACUUGGACGCUCUGACAGAGGCGGCCUUCAUCAAGCUGCUGGCUGACCUGGACUACAAGAAGGACUUCCAGAUCAUCAUCGACUGCGAGCUGGAACGCCUCAACUCCAUCCUUAACCUGAUUGCUGCUCAGAAGAGGAACUUGAAGAACUACCAUUACAUCCUGGCCAAUCUGGGCUUCUUGGACUUGAACGUUACAGAGUUUCAGAAGCUCGGACCGAACGUGACGGGCUUCCAGCUGGUGAAUCGGUCCGAUCCAGCUGUGCAGAAGAUCAAUCAGAACUGGCUGGACUUUGACAGCAAAGACCUCAAGCUGGCUCGCAGGAGGCUCAGGUACACAGGAGCUCUGACCUACGACGGUGUCAGCGUCAUGGCGACGGCUUUCCAGAAUCUGCGGCGACAGCGGAUCGACAUCUCUCGCCGGGGCAACGCUGGGGAGUGUCUGGCCAACCCGCCUGCUCCGUGGGGACAGGGCAUCGACAUCCAGAGAGCCCUGCAGCAGGUUCGUCUGGAGGGGCUGACGGGUCACGUCCAGUUUGACGAGCGGGGACAUCGAACCAACUACACCCUGACUGUGAUGGAGCUGAGCCAGACCGAGCCCAGGAAGAUCGGCUUCUGGAACGAGAAGAGAGGCUACGUGAACACGGCCAUCUACAAGCCGAUGCAGGAGAUCUACAUCGUGCAGAACAAAACCUACACCGUCACCACCAUCCUGGAAGCUCCCUACAUGAUGCUGAAGAAGAACCACGAGCAGUUUGAGGGCAACGAUAAAUAUGAAGGUUACUGUGCUGAGCUCGCCUCGGAGAUCGCCAAACACGUCGGGUUCACGUACAGCCUGCAGCUGGUGGGCGACGGCAAAUACGGCGCCAGAGACCCCGAGACCAAGAUGUGGAACGGCAUGGUGGGAGAGCUGGUGUACGGGAAGGCGGACAUGGCGGUCGCCCCGCUGACCAUCACACUGGUGCGAGAGCAGGUAAUCGACUUUACAAAACCCUUCAUGUCUCUGGGAAUCUCCAUCAUGAUCAAGAAACCCACCAAGUCCAAACCGGGUGUCUUCUCUUUCCUUGACCCACUGGCCUACGAGAUCUGGAUGUGCAUCGUUUUUGCCUACAUCGGAGUCAGCGUGGUGCUCUUCCUGGUGAGUCGAUUCAGUCCUUAUGAAUGGAACGGUGAGGAGUCUGAUGAUGAAGAUGAGACUGUUCCCUCUUCUUCACGACAAGCUCAGCCAUCUUCAUCCACAGAACACGUCCACUCUUCAGGGUUCUCCCAGGCUCAGGGCCAGAACCAGCAGAAGGAAAAGGAGACUCCAGAAUACACCAAUGACUUUGGGAUCUUUAAUUCUCUGUGGUUCUCACUCGGGGCCUUUAUGCAGCAGGGCUGUGACAUUUCUCCCAGGUCUCUCUCAGGCCGAAUUGUUGGAGGAGUUUGGUGGUUUUUCACCCUCAUCAUCAUCUCCUCCUACACAGCCAACCUGGCAGCCUUCCUCACUGUAGAGAGGAUGGUGUCCCCCAUAGAGAGUGCAGAGGACCUAGCCAAGCAGACAGAGAUUGCCUAUGGUACCCUGGACGGAGGCUCCACUAAGGAGUUCUUCAGGCGGUCAAAGAUUGCGGUGUUCGAGAAGAUGUGGUCAUACAUGCGGAGCGCAGACCCGUCAGUGUUUGUCAAGAGCACCAGUGAGGGCGUGAUUCGAGUUAGAAAGUCCAAAGGGAAGUACGCCUACCUGCUGGAGUCCUCUAUGAAUGAGUACAUUGAGCAGAGGAAGCCCUGCGACACCAUGAAAGUAGGAGGCAACCUGGACUCUAAGGGCUAUGGAGUGGCCACACCCAAAGGUUCACCCCUCAGAAACCCUGUUAACUUGGCAGUGUUAAAACUGAACGAGCAGGGCCUGUUGGACAAAUUGAAAAACAGAUGGUGGUAUGACAAGGGAGAGUGCGGCACCGGGGGAGGGGACUCCAAGGACAAAACGAGCGCGCUCAGUUUGAGCAACGUGGCUGGAGUGUUCUACAUCCUGAUUGGUGGGCUGGGCCUGGCCAUGCUCGUGGCUCUGGUCGAGUUCUGCUACAAAUCUCGGAUUGAAUCAAGAAGGAUGAAGGAGCUCAUCGACGCGGCCAUGAUGAGCACCAGCCUCGGCGGGAUAGCGGUCGCAGGAGGAGGGGCGGUGGCUGGCGGGUUAGGAGUUGGACCGUCGGGACUUGGAGGCGAGAACGGCCGUGUGAUGGCGCAUGAUUUCCCGAAAGCCGGAGCUCAGGGUUUGCCCUGCAUGAGCAAAGCAGCCGGCCUGGGACUGUCCUCCACAGGCAUGUGAUCCAAACCGAGACUCCUUAUUGGACAGGACGCUUUUAUCCAUCUGUUUGUCAGUGUGUUGGUGAAGAAAGGAGGGGAAAGAUAAAGAGAAUAAAAGGAGAAUAAGGAAUGAUGAAAUGAGGAGUGGUAAGGGAAGUGAAGAAAGGGGAGGAAGAGCCACAAAAAUGGAUUAAAAUGUGUUAAAUUCAGUAGAGAAAAGAAAAAGAUUUAGACAUUUGUCGAGCAGAAGCGCUCAUGUUCAGCUCGAAUGGACUGAAUGCAGCAGCAGUCUGAGCAGAGAGCACCUGAACAAAACACCUGAGAGGACUCGAGUGAGACGAGCGAGCUGCGCUUAAACUCUAACAACACCUACGUUUUCUACGGGCGCCGUCUUAAACACAACUGCUCUGCUGGGAAAAAAAGAAAAAAACAACCCAGCACCUGAGGGGGUGUCCUGGGUUUGGGGGGGGGGGGCUUUUUUUAAAAACCUCUUUUUGCCCUUCACUCGUCCCCUCCUCUUCCUUUCUGCUUCGUCACGUUCACCUUCGUACUGGAGUGGGUUGAGAAGUUCGAGCAUGAAGACUGAUCUGUGUGCUGCCUCCAUAAUUCUGUUCAUAUUACUGCAGUUCAGGUGUCACAUACUUUGUGAGUGUGUUGAUGUGGACAUAAGUCUGCCGGUUAGUUUUAAGCAUCCAGUUUUGGGGUUUGUACCUGUGACCCACGUGUCCUGACUCCUGAAACCAGAGGGGCGUGACCACAAAGUCGGAGUUUAUUGGCUUAGUGAAUUAUUUCGAUCUUCAAAUGUUUUCAGUGUCAUGAAAGUGACACUUGGAUAGAUCACCAUAGCAGCUGAUGCUGAACAUGUAACCUGGUUAUGCAUAAGAACUACUGCAGUUUACGCUGUGCUUUAAAUGUGAUGGUGUCUGUUUGCUGAGGGAACACAUUAGACAGUACAUGCAGCCUGUUGAGCCACGAGUUACUGAUACCAUGACAGGAAGUCCUGCUUUAACGUCACAUCAGUGCUAACAAUGUGUCGCGAUAUCACAGGAAUUUACUUACAUUAAUUUUGGGUUUCAGAAAAUGUAUAAAGAUGCGAAAAGCUGUGAUUAGUUACCAAAAGACUGAGAUUAGCUUUCUGCAAAAGGUACCUGGGCUCAACUUUAGAGCUUGGAGCAGAGCCGCUAAUCCUCCACAUCCAAAGCAACCAGAUGAGUGGUUCAGGCAUCUGAUGAGGACGACUUCUGAACACCUCCUAGGUAAGGUGUUUAGAGGACGUCCCAUCAGGAGGACGUGGCCGAGGUUAGGAAGGUCUGGGCCUGCUGCUUCCACGCCUCAGAUCAGGGAUGGAUGCAUGGAUGGAUGGAUGGAAGGAUGGAAGGAAUAAAGAUGCUUAUAAGCUGGAUCCUAA